AUGGUCAGACACGUAAAGACAAAUUGGCCGGAGCCGCCCUGCCACGCCUCGUCGCGGUCCCGGGGAGCAGGCUGGCUGACUGAGGGCGACCAUGGGCCCCGAAACGGCUGCGGGCGACGCGGGCUCCCACCUCGGGGCGCGGCGACUGGGGCGAGAGGUGUCCGCAGCCCCCAAGCCAGCCCCGCGCAAAAAGCCAGAGAGACGCGCCCUCCCCCUCCUCCCACCCAAGCCUCACGCAGCGGGGCGGGCCAGUCGCGGGAGAAGGGGGCGCGCUUGCCCCGCCAGGGGAACCGGGGCCUCUCCCGGGCAGGCUCCACUUUGUCCCGGGACUCUGGGGGCCUCCUCUCUGCCCUCGCCCUGCCCCGUGAGGCUGCCACUGGGCGCCUCACCGUGAUGUUGCAGUGGAGCCUGAGCUGCGGCGGCGGCUCCUGGUUCUUGUGGAAGACAGAGGCCAGCAACUUCAGCUUGGCCUUGAACCCCGACACGGACAUUUUACUCUCACCUCUGGCGGGAGGGACGCGGAAGCACCAACCAUUUGCCUAAAGCUAACUGCGUCAAGAAGAGCAUGCCUCAAGGGGCUGGAGUGAGCAAUUCAACUUGUGGAGGAAUGAGAAAUGAUAGUGUUGAGACAAGCAACAUAAAACCCCAGGGUAAGCUGCAGCAUAUCGUGAGUGAUGAGGUCUGUGUGCAGGUAACUGACCUUUACCUGGCAGAAAAUAAUAAUGGGGCCACCGGAGGCCAGCUGAACACACAGAACUCAAGAAGCCUCCUGGAAUCAAUGUAUCCACAGAAAGCCGAGCAGCUAAUGUCAGAUGAGAAAUGCUUUAAGGCAGCCCCUACAACAUUUUUGGCAAAAAAAAUCAUUCUCCCAGAGCAGAUUGUGCUUGUGACCUUGGGCCAUGAUAAGGCCAUAGUCUGGUGUCAGUGUGGGGCAGCAACGAUGACACACCUCAUCCUGCUGUGAGGCCUUGUUGGAGGCUCUUUGCCUAGUCUCCAGGCAAGGGGAAGCUGCCCUUCUCUUAGCAAGGAAAGGGGCUACUUCUUUUAGACCAGAGCAUUCCGUGGAAACUGGAGGCUCAAAGUUCUCAGAUGUAUCCACUUAAGUUUCCGCAUACCAGCUAUCAGGAUCCUAUUCUUCUCCUCUCCUCCCCUCCCCUCUCCUCCCCUCCCUUCGCUUCCCCUCCCCUUUCUUUUCUUUUCUUUUCUCUUUCUCUUUUUCUCUCUUCCUUUCUCUCUUUCUUUCUUUUUGAGAUGGGAUCUCAUCCUGUCACCCAGGCUGGAGUGCAGUGACGUGAUCUCAGUUCACUGCAACCUCUGCCUCCUGGGCUCAGACGAUCCUCCCACCUCAGUCUCCUGGGUAGCUGGGACCACAGGCACACGCUACAACAUCUGGCUAAUUUUUGUAUUUUUUAUAGAGAUGGGGUUUCACCAUGUUGCCCAGGCUGGUCUCAAACUCCCGGGCUCAAGUCAUCCUCCUGCCUCAGCCUCCCAAAGUGCUGGGAUUACAGGUAUGAGCCACUGCAUUCAGUUCUCCUUUUCCUUAAGUAAUUCUAAAUAAAAACAAGACUAAAUCAU